CUACAGUACACUAAUGUAGUUAUGUUCCUUUCCUUUCUUCUUUGAUGAAACAAAAAAGUAGAUGAUAGUCCACAUUCCCCACCUUGUCUUUUUCCCAAGUUGAUCAAUUUCAUUCUUUCUCAAUUAAAUUAUAGGUUCUUUUCUUUAUUUUAUUGUACCUAUUUCUAGGUAAGCAUUCACUCUCACACACACUCAUGUUCAGCUUCUUUCUUUCUCCAUUGAAAUUGUGCAUUGAGGUUAUGACUAUGAGUUCAUUUGAAAAAGUUUCUUCCUAGCCCUAGGUAUUGGGGGUGUCUUUUUUUUUACUAGGGUAACAAUGGAAGCUAUGAAAAUUUCAAUCUUUUUCUUUUUUGGUGUAAUUAUCACAAUGGGCUAUGGUGCAACAAACCCAAAUGAUCUCAAGGUUCUGAAUGAUUUCAGAAAAGGGUUGGAGAAUCCAGAGCUUCUGAAAUGGCCAGACAAGGGAGAUGAUCCAUGUGGUCCUCCUACAUGGCCUUAUGUGUUCUGUUCUGGAGACAGAGUGAAUCAGAUUCAGGCUAAGAAUCUUGGUCUCAGAGGAUCAUUGCCUCAAAACUUCAAUCAACUCUCAGAACUCUACAAUUUGGGGCUUCAGCGCAACAAUCUCAGUGGAAUGUUACCUACUUUUAGUGGAUUGUCCAAGUUGGAAUUUGCAUUCUUGGACUACAAUGCAUUUGAUGCAAUCCCAGUUGAUUUCUUCACUGGACUCAGCAGCCUCAGGGUCUUGUCUUUGGAGGAAAAUCCACUGAAUUAUAGUAGUGGGUGGUCAUUUCCUUUGGAUUUGGAAAAAUCAGUGCAGUUAACAAAUCUUUCUCUGGUGCACUGUAAUUUGGUUGGAGCAUUACCUGAUUUCCUAGGCACAUUGCCAUCCCUCACAAAUCUGAGGCUUUCAAACAAUAAACUUUCUGGUCCUAUUCCAGAAACUUUUGCUCAAUCUUCAAUCCAGGUUUUGUGGUUGAAUAAUCAAGAAGGUGGUGGGUUCUCAGGUUCUAUUGAUGUUAUUGCUUCAAUGGUUUUCUUAAGACAGGCUUGGCUCCAUGGAAACCAGUUCACUGGGACAAUUCCACAGAAUAUUGGAAAUCUCACUUCCUUGCAGGAACUCAACUUGAAUAGUAACCAACUUGUUGGCUUGGUUCCUGAUUCUCUAGCAAAAAUGGACCUUGAAAUACUGGUGCUAAAUAAUAACAUGCUAAUGGGUCCAAUUCCAGAGUUCAAGGCUGCUAAUUUUUCCUAUGAUAACAACUUCUUUUGUCAAAAAAAGCCUGGAAUUGAGUGUGCACCUGAAGUUACUGCACUGCUUGAUUUUCUGGAUCACCUGAGUUACCCUUCAUUUCUCAUUUCUGAUUGGUCAGGUAAUGAACCAUGCACAGGAAGCACAGGGCCAUGGUUUGGAUUGAGUUGCAGUUCCAAUUCUUCUGAGGUAUCUAUAAUCAAUCUACCUAGACACAAGCUCAAUGGUACCUUAAGUCCAUCACUUGCUAAGUUAGAUUCACUUCUUGAAAUUAGGCUUGCAGGAAAUAAUAUUAGUGGCACAAUUCCUAGUAACUUCACUGAAAUGAAAUCUUUAAGGUUGUUGGAUUUAAGUGAUAACAACCUUGAGCCUCCAUUGCCAGAAUUUCAUGAUGUGAAUGUUAUCACUGUUGGUAACCCCCUUAGUCAGAAUGACACUGGAGGGAGUUCUAUGCCUAUUAACAACCCACCUUCUUCACUUUCCCCAUCCUCUCAUGAGAAUCAUGUUCCAAGCUCAAAUCAACCCAAAUCAAAAGACUUCAAAACAGUGGCAAUAGUGGCUGGGAUUGUAGUAUUUGCAGUUUUAGCUCUUUUGGUUAUUUAUCUCUGCCUGUGUUGCUGGAAGAACAAGAAAGCUUCCUUGGAUGCUCCAAGUUCCAUUGUGGUUCACCCUCGCAAUCCAUCUGAUCAAGAUAACAUGGUUAAAAUUGCAGUUUCAAACAAUACCACUAGCAGCUUAUCAUCAAAGACUGGGACAAGUUCUCUGAGUAACAUUAGUGGUGAAACUCAAAACUCUCACAUGAUUGAGGCUGGAAACCUUUUGAUUUCUGUACAAGUACUACGUAAGGUUACCAAGGAUUUUGCUUCAGAAAAUGAGCUAGGCCGUGGUGGAUUUGGAACUGUUUACAAGGGGGAGCUAGAAGAUGGGGCGAAAAUAGCAGUGAAGAGAAUGGAGCAUGGCGUUAUUAGCAGCAAGGCACUGGAUGAGUUUCAAGCUGAGAUAGCUGUUCUAUCCAAGGUCCGUCACCGCCAUUUAGUAUCCUUGUUGGGGUAUUCCAUUGAAGGCAAUGAAAGGCUUUUGGUUUAUGAGUAUCUGCCUCUUGGUGCUCUGAGCCAGCAUCUUUUCCAUUGGAAAAGCUUGGACUUAAAGCCUUUGUCUUGGUCACAGAGGCUUGCAAUAGCACUAGAUGUUGCGAGAGGGAUGGAAUACCUUCAUGGCCUUGCCCGCGAAACCUUUAUCCAUCGAGACCUCAAGUCUUCCAAUAUUCUGCUAGGCAAUGAUUUUCGCGCAAAAGUUUCAGAUUUUGGUCUAGUGAAGCUUGCCCCGGAUGGUGAGAAGUCUGUAGUAACCAAGCUUGCUGGGACAUUUGGAUACCUUGCCCCUGAAUAUGCAGUGAUGGGGAAAAUCACCACAAAAGCUGACGUGUUCAGCUAUGGUGUGGUGUUAAUGGAACUUCUGACAGGACUAAUGGCGCUUGAUGAGAGCAGGCCAGAGGAAAGCCGGUACUUAGUUGAAUGGUUUUGGCGAGUCAAAUCGAGAAAAGAGAAUCUCAUGGCUGCCAUUGAUCCAACUCUGGAGACAACUGAUGAGACUUUUGAGAGUAUAAGCAUUGUAGCUGAACUUGCAGGACACUGUACUGCUAGGGAUUCAUACCACAGGCCAGAUAUGAGUCAUGCAGUCAAUGUACUUUCAGCACUAGUGGAAAAAUGGAGACCAGUUUAUGAUGAAUUAGAUUGUUACUCUGGCUUUGACUGCACUCAACCACUUCCCCAAAUGUUGGAGAUUUGGAAGGAAGCAGAAAGCAAGGAUGUUAGCUAUAGUGCUAGUUUUGAAGACACCAAAGGCAGUAGUACAGCCAGACCUUAUGGUUUUGCAGAUGCUUUCACUUCUGCUCAUGCUCGAUGAUUUAGUGUGUUUGAUUUCUAGUUGAAAGCACAUUCAACUAUAUUUGGCUUUCCAAGACAAUUUUUCCAAUUGAACAAAAUUGUUAGAGUGAGAAAAAACACAUUCGCAUUCAAACCAAUGGAUCAUAAACAAACACGAAAGUAACUUCGAUGCAAUUUGGAGGUCCUGUUGCUAAUGAUAAAAUUCAUUUGGAUUCACCAUGUAUGCUUCAGCAAAAGAGGCAAAAUUGAUUUGUUUCUGGUCUUUGUAUUGCUUUUGUGACAUUAAAAUACUUUUAAAGUACUA